AUGGGCUGCUUCAGUUUGGAUGGAAUUUGGAUUUCCAUGAGCAUAGUGGAAAUUUGGGGAUAUCAUGGAAUUCAAUCAGUUUCCGAUUGCCGUACAGAUGCAUGGUUCACAAAAAUGGAAAAUUUGUCACAAGAGGAUUUCCCUGUUAAUUACUACAGACUUCCUAUCAACUCUUGUAAUGCUUCAACAAAUACACAAGAGUUCAGAGAAGAGGAUGCUUCAGAAAUAAGUGACGGGGAUGCUGAUCUAAAAAAUCUUUAUUCAAGUAGGGAUGAAGAAGAUGAUGAUGAUAUUGAAAAAUUGACGACUCGCCCAGAGAGUCGAGAUAGUAAAAAUUGGAGUGAUGUUUACAAUGAUGAUGAUGACCAAGACGCUCUUGAAGACAACGGUCUCGAUUCGCUUUCUGAUCAUGUCGAAGAAGAAAAAGAAAUGAUGGAUACAGAAUCAGGGCACGGUUUCAGUUCUAUUUACACUGAUUUCGAGGGCAAAAUUUUCAUUUGCUUGCUCAUCUUCAUGGAUUUUGUUGUCCUCAUCAUGAAGUCUCGAUAA